AUGGUCUUGCUUCUUUUUCUAUCUUGUCUAAUUUUCUCCUGCCUGACGUUUACCUGAUUAAAAAUCUGUGAGAAGAUGACGGACUCCAAGCCGAUGCCCAAGAGUAAAUCAGAAGCGAGCUUCAUCUCAGACCAGGAGCCCUUCCCAGCCUCAGACAGCUCAGGGGAGCCACCACAGAAAAAUGGUGAUGGCUGCUCACUGCCAAAGACUGCCAGCCAGGCCGAGCCAGGCUCCCACAAAAGCCCCAAGGAUGCCUAUCGGCGGAGAAACUCCCUGCCACCCUCACACCAGAAGCCCCCAAGAAACUCCCCUUCUUCCACCGAUGCCUCGUCCUUCCCAGAACCCCAAGCCAACAGGACAAGCACUGAAGUCCCCGAGGCCCCAGACACCAAUGGCCAGUCCUCCCCAGCCAGGCCGCAGGGCCAGCGUGCCCGGUCUCCCUCUAAAGAAGCCAAGAAGCAGGCCAACCUCAAGAGGCAGCUGAUGACCAACUUCAUCCUGGGCUCCUUUGACGACAACUCCUCCGACGAGGAUCCUGGCGCCGGCUCCUUUCGUGAGUCCUCCCGAAAGGGCAGCCGGGCCAGCCUGGGGGCGCUGUCCCUGGAGGCGCCUCUGACCACAGGCGACACUGAGACCCGCGUCCCCACUAUGAGGCCGAGCAUGUCGGGGCUCCACCUGGUGAAGAGAGGCCGGGAGCACAAGAAGCUGGACCUGCACCGAGACUUUGCCGUGGCUUCCCCAGCUGAAUUUGUCACACGCUUUGGAGGGGAUCGGGUCAUUGAGAAGGUACUUAUUGCCAACAACGGGAUCGCCGCUGUGAAGUGCAUGCGCUCCAUCCGCAGGUGGGCCUACGAUAUGUUCCGCAAUGAGCGGGCCAUCCGCUUUGUGGUCAUGGUGACGCCUGAGGACCUCAAGGCCAAUGCAGAGUACAUCAAGAUGGCAGAUCAGUACGUCCCCGUCCCAGGAGGGCCCAAUAACAACAAUUACGCCAACGUGGAACUGAUUGUGGACAUUGCCAAGAGAAUCCCCGUGCAGGCGGUGUGGGCUGGCUGGGGCCAUGCCUCUGAAAACCCCAAGCUUCCAGAGCUGCUGUGCAAGCAUGGAAUUGCUUUCUUAGGCCCUCCCAGUGAGGCCAUGUGGGCCUUGGGAGAUAAGAUUGCCUCCACCAUCGUGGCCCAGACACUGCAGGUCCCAACCCUGCCCUGGAGUGGAAGUGGCCUGACGGUGGUGUGGACAGAAGAUGAUCUGUGGCAGGGGAAGAUUAUCAGUGUCCCAGGCGGCGUUUACGACCAGGGUUGCGUGAAGGAUGUAGAUGAGGGCUUGGAGGCAGCAGAAAAAAUCGGUUUUCCAUUGAUGAUCAAAGCCUCUGAAGGCGGUGGAGGGAAAGGAAUCCGGAAGUCUGAGAGUGCCGAGGACUUCCCUAUCCUUUUCAGACAAGUGCAGAGUGAGAUCCCGGGCUCGCCCGUCUUUCUCAUGAAGCUGGCCCAGCACGCCCGUCACCUGGAGGUGCAGAUUCUUGCCGACCAGUACGGGAAUGCCGUGUCUCUCUUUGGGCGAGACUGUUCCAUCCAGCGGCGGCAUCAGAAGAUCAUCGAGGAGGCACCUGCCACCAUUGCCCCAAUGGCUGUGUUCGAGUUCAUGGAGCAGUGCGCCGUACGCCUGGCCAAGACUGUGGGCUACGUGAGCGCAGGGACAGUUGAAUACCUCUACAGCCAGGAUGGCAGCUUCCACUUCCUCGAGCUGAACCCUCGCUUGCAGGUGGAACACCCCUGCACAGAAAUGAUCGCUGAUGUCAAUCUGCCAGCCGCCCAGCUACAGAUCGCCAUGGGCGUGCCACUGCACCGGUUGAAGGACAUCCGGCUUCUGUAUGGAGAGUCGCCAUGGGGGGUGACACCCAUUUCUUUUGAAGCCCCUUCAAGCCCUCCCCUUGCCCGAGGCCACGUCAUUGCCGCCAGAAUCACCAGUGAAAACCCGGAUGAGGGGUUUAAGCCGAGCUCUGGGACGGUUCAGGAACUGAAUUUCCGCAGCAGCAAGAAUGUGUGGGGCUACUUCAGCGUGGCAGCUGCUGGAGGCUUACACGAGUUUGGCGACUCCCAGUUUGGGCACUGCUUCUCCUGGGGAGAGAACCGGGAAGAGGCCAUUUCGAACAUGGUGGUGGCUUUGAAGGAGCUGUCCAUCCGGGGCGACUUCAGGACCACUGUGGAAUAUCUCAUUAACCUCCUGGAGACCGAGAGCUUCCAGAACAAUGACAUCGACACCGGCUGGUUGGACCAUCUCAUUGCGGAGAAAGUGCAGGCCGAGAAGCCAGAUAUCAUGCUCGGGGUGGUGUGCGGGGCCUUGAACGUGGCAGACGCAAUGUUCAGAACCUGCAUGACGGAUUUCCUGCACUCCUUGGAGAGGGGCCAGGUCCUCCCAGCAGAUUCUCUGCUGAACAUUGUGGAUGUGGAAUUAAUUUAUGGAGGUGUUAAGUACAUUCUCAAGGUGGCCCGGCAGUCUCUGACCAUGUACGUUCUCAUCAUGAAUGGCUGCCACAUCGAGAUCGAUGCCCACCGGCUGAACGACGGGGGCCUGCUGCUGUCCUACAGCGGGAACAGCUACACCACCUACAUGAAAGAGGAGAUCGACAGUUACCGGAUUACCAUUGGCAACAAGACGUGCGUAUUUGAGAAGGAGAAUGAUCCCACGGUCCUGAGAUCCCCCUCUGCCGGGAAGCUGAUGCAGUACAUGGUGGAGGACGGAGGCCACGUGGAUGCAGGGAGCAGCUAUGCAGAGAUGGAGGUGAUGAAGAUGAUCAUGACCCUGAAUGUGCAGGAAAGUGGCCGGGUGAAAUACAUCAAGCUUCCGGGGGCUGUGCUGGAAGUAGGCUGCGUGGUGGCCAGGCUGGAACUCGAUGACCCUUCGAAAGUGCACCCGGCUGAACCGUUCAUGGGAGAACUCCCUUCCCAGCAAACACUGCCCAUCCUCGGAGAGAAAUUGCACCAGGUUUUCCACAAUGUCCUAGAGAACCUCACCAAUAUCAUGAAUGGCUUCUGUCUGCCAGAGCCUAUUUUUAGCAUAAAGCUGAAGGAGUGGGUGCAGAAGCUCAUGAUGACUCUCCGGCACCCGUCACUGCCACUGCUGGAGCUACAGGAGAUCAUGACCAGUGUGGCAGGCCGCAUCCCUGCCCCCGUGGAGAAGUCGGUCCGCCGGGUGAUGGCCCAGUAUGCCAGCAACAUCACCUCGGUGCUGUGCCAGUUUCCCAGCCAGCAGAUAGCCACCAUCCUGGACUGCCAUGCAGCCACCCUGCAGCGGAAGGCUGACCGAGAGGUCUUCUUCAUGAACACCCAGAGCAUUGUGCAGUUGGUCCAGAGAUACCGCAGCGGGACCCGUGGCUAUAUGAAAGCAGUGGUGUUGGAGCUCCUGCGAAGAUACUUGCACGUUGAACACCAUUUCCAGCAAGCCCACUAUGACAAGUGUGUGAUCAACCUCAGGGAACAGUUCAAGCCAGACAUGUCCCAGGUGCUGGACUGCAUCUUCUCCCACGCACAGGUGGCCAAGAAGAAUCAGCUGGUGAUCAUGCUGAUCGACGAGCUGUGUGGCCCAGACCCUUCCCUGUCGGACGAACUGACCUCCAUUCUCAACGAGCUCACCCAGCUGAGCAAAAGUGAGCACUGCAAGGUGGCCCUCAGAGCCAGACAGGUCCUGAUUGCUUCCCACUUGCCCUCCUAUGAGCUGCGGCACAACCAGGUGGAGUCCAUCUUCCUGUCUGCCAUUGACAUGUACGGCCACCAGUUCUGCCCUGAGAACCUCAAGAAAUUAAUACUAUCAGAAACAACUAUCUUUGACGUCCUGCCCACUUUCUUCUAUCACACGAACAAAGUCGUGUGCAUGGCAUCCUUGGAGGUUUACGUGCGGAGGGGCUACAUCGCCUAUGAGUUAAACAGCCUGCAGCACCGGCAGCUCCCCGACGGCACCUGCGUGGUGGAGUUCCAGUUCAUGUUGCCCUCCUCCCACCCAAACCGGAUGGCCAUGCCCAUCAGUGUCACCAACCCCGACCUGCUGAGGCACAGCACGGAGCUCUUCAUGGACAGUGGUUUUUCCCCCCUUUGCCAGCGCAUGGGGGCCAUGGUGGCCUUCAGGAGAUUCGAGGACUUUGCCAGGAACUUUGAUGAAGUCAUCUCCUGCUUUGCCAACAUGCCCAAAGACACCCCCCUCUUCAGUACGGCCCGCACCUCCCUAUACUCUGAGGAUGACGGCAAGAACCUCAGAGAAGAGCCCAUCCACAUUCUGAAUGUGGCCAUCCAGCAUGCAGACCACCUGGAGGAUGAGGCGCUGGUGCCCAUUUUACGGAUGUUUGUACAGUCGAAGAAAAAUAUCCUUGUGGAUUAUGGACUCCGAAGAAUCACAUUCCUGAUUGCCCAAGAGAAAGAAUUUCCCAAGUUUUUCACAUUCAGAGCAAGAGAUGAGUUUGCAGAAGACCGCAUUUACCGUCACCUGGAGCCCGCCCUGGCCUUCCAGCUGGAGCUCAGCCGGAUGCGUAACUUCGACCUGACUGCUGUGCCCUGCGCCAACCACAAGAUGCAUCUUUACCUGGGCGCUGCCAGGGUGAAGGAAGGGGCAGAAGUGACGGACCACAGAUUCUUCAUCCGCGCCAUCAUCAGGCACUCAGACCUGAUUACAAAGGAAGCCUCCUUCGAGUACCUGCAGAACGAGGGGGAGCGGCUGCUGCUGGAGGCCAUGGACGAGCUGGAGGUGGCAUUCAACAACACCAGUGUGCGCACCGACUGCAACCACAUCUUCCUCAACUUUGUGCCCACGGUCAUCAUGGACCCUUCCAAGAUCGAGGAGUCUGUGCGUUCCAUGGUUAUGCGCUACGGUAGCCGGUUGUGGAAACUCCGUGUGCUACAGGCUGAGGUCAAGAUCAACAUCCGCCAGACCACCACUGGCAGUGCCAUUCCCAUCCGCCUGUUCAUCACCAAUGAGUCAGGCUACUACCUGGACAUCAGCCUCUACAAAGAAGUGACUGACUCCAGAUCUGGAAAUAUCAUGUUUCACUCCUUUGGCAACAAACAGGGGCCCCAGCACGGGAUGAUGAUAAAUACUCCCUACGUCACCAAGGAUUUGCUUCAGGCCAAACGAUUCCAGGCCCAGUCGCUGGGAACCACCUACAUCUAUGACUUCCCGGAAAUGUUCAGGCAGGCUCUCUUUAAACUGUGGGGCUCCCCAGACAAGUACCCCAAGGAUAUCCUGACGUACACUGAGUUAGUGUUGGACUCGCAGGGCCAACUGGUGGAGAUGAACCGACUUCCUGGUGGAAACGAGGUGGGCAUGGUGGCCUUCAAGAUGAGGUUUAAGACCCAAGAGUAUCCUGAUGGGCGGGACGCGAUUGUCAUCGGCAAUGACAUCACCUUCCGAAUUGGGUCCUUUGGCCCAGGGGAAGACCUUCUGUACCUGCGAGCGUCUGAGAUGGCCCGGGCAGAGGGCAUCCCCAAAAUCUACCUGGCAGCCAACAGCGGGGCCCGUAUUGGCAUGGCAGAGGAGAUCAAACACAUGUUCCAGGUGGCAUGGGUGGACCCAGAAGACCCCCACAAAGGAUUUAAAUACCUGUACCUGACCCCCCAAGACUACACCAGAAUCAGCUCCCUGAAUUCCGUCCACUGUAAGCACAUCGAGGAAGGAGGUGCAUCCAGAUAUGUCAUCACAGAUAUUGUUGGGAAGGACGACGGCUUGGGCGUGGAGAACCUGAGGGGCUCAGGCAUGAUUGCUGGGGAGUCCUCCCUGGCAUAUGAAGAGAUCGUGACCAUUAGCUUGGUGACCUGCCGAGCCCUUGGGAUCGGGGCCUACUUGGUGCGGCUGGGCCAGCGUGUGAUCCAGGUGGAAAAUUCCCACAUCAUCCUCACAGGAGCAGGUGCUCUCAAUAAGGUACUGGGGAGAGAGGUUUACACGUCCAACAAUCAGCUGGGUGGUGUGCAGAUAAUGCAUUACAAUGGCGUCUCCCAUAUCACCGUGCCAGAUGACUUUGAGGGAGUGUAUACCAUCCUGGAGUGGCUGUCCUACAUGCCGAAGGAUAAUCGCAGUCCAGUCCCUAUCAUCACAGCCACUGACCCCAUUGACAGAGAAAUCGAAUUUCUCCCAUCCAAAGCACCCUACGACCCCCGGUGGAUGCUUGCAGGAAGGCCUCAUCCAACUCUGAAGGGAACCUGGCAGAGUGGAUUCUUCGACCAGGGAAGUUUCAAGGAAAUCAUGGCACCCUGGGCCCAGACCGUGGUGACAGGACGAGCAAGGCUGGGGGGCAUCCCUGUUGGAGUGAUCGCCGUGGAGACGCGGAUGGUGGAAGUCGCGGUUCCUGCUGACCCUGCCAACUUGGAUUCUGAGGCCAAGAUCAUCCAGCAGGCCGGCCAGGUGUGGUUCCCAGACUCAGCCUACAAAACUGCCCAGGCCAUCAAGGACUUCAACCGGGAGAAGCUGCCCCUGAUGAUCUUUGCCAACUGGAGAGGCUUCUCUGGGGGCAUGAAAGACAUGUAUGACCAGGUGCUGAAGUUUGGCGCCUACAUCGUGGACAGCCUCCGGCAGUACCAACAGCCCAUCUUGAUCUACAUCCCUCCCUACGCCGAGCUCCGGGGAGGCUCCUGGGUCGUCGUGGACCCCACCAUCAACCCCCUGUGCAUAGAGAUGUACGCAGACAAGGAGAGUAGAGGGGGUAUUCUAGAACCUGAGGGAACGGUGGAGAUUAAGUUCCGGAAGAAAGAUCUGGUAAAAUCCAUGAGAAGGAUUGACCCAGUUUACAAGAAGCUCGUGGAACAGCUAGGGGUGUUCGAGCUCCCGGAGAAGGACCGCAAGGAGCUGGAGGGCCAGCUGAAGGCCCGCGAGGACCUGCUGCUGCCCGUCUACCACCAGGUGGCGGUGCAGUUCGCCGACCUCCACGACACGCCGGGUCGGAUGCUGGAGAAGGGUGUCAUCUCGGACAUCCUGGAGUGGAAGAGUGCACGCACCUUCCUGUACUGGCGCCUGCGCCGCCUACUCCUGGAAGACCAGGUCAAGCAGGAGAUCCUGCGGGUCAGCAGCGAGCUGAGCCAUGUGCACAUCCAGUCCAUGUUGCGCCGCUGGUUCGUGGAGACCGAGGGCGCCGUCAAGGCCUACCUGUGGGACAACAACCAGGCGGUGGUGCAGUGGCUGGAGCAUCACUGGCAGGUGGGGGACGGCCUGCGCUCCACCCUCCAUGAGAACAUUGCCUGCCUGAAGCGCGACUGUGUUCUCAAGACCAUCCGGGGCCUGGUUCAAGAGAACCCCGAGGUGGCCGCGGACUGUGUGAUGUACCUGAGCCAGCACAUCAGCCCCACUGAGCGAGCCCAGCUUGCCCACCUGCUGGCCACCGUGGAUGGCCCAGCCUCCACCUGACCCCGGCCCACCCAGCGUUCCCAGGACCACGAGCAAGAGAAACCACGCAGACC